UUUACCUAGAUGACAUCCUGGUCUACAGCCAGACUCGGGAGCAGCACUAAAAAAAACCUCAUAGCAGUUUUUACGCUAAUGCAGGAGCAUCGGCUGCUCACGAAGGGGUCUAAGUGCGAGUUGUUAACAGACCGCUUAGAAUUUCUAGGUCAUGUAAUUUCCACUAAAGGCGUCGAAGUCGACCCUCGGAAGAUCGAGACGGUGCAAGCCUGGCUACCGCCCACGAACCUGCAGGAGCUGCAAUUUUUUUUUGGGUUCAUCAAUUAUGUUCGGAGAUUUAUCCCGAAUAUGGCGGGGGUAACUGCACCACUGACUGACAUGCUGCAGAAAGGGACUGAGUAUUAGGUGGGGGGAGAAAGCAGCCAAUUC